AGUUUGCAUUUUAAAAGGAUGAACAUGAAAAUUUUCAAUUUUGCUGUAGCCAUUAUGGUGGUUUUUGCAAUGAUGUCUUACGAGAUGGUUGCCGCCCAGGGUCUAGGUGCUAAUGGUCAAGCAAAUGCCCAAUUUGGUGUGGGUAUGAGUGCUGGUGCUAACGGCGGUGGUGGUGGAAGCGCUACUGCAGGUGUUCCCGCUGGUAUGGGCCAAGGGCAAGGUCAAGGCAACUUGGGUGCCAAUGCUAACAUGCAAUUGGGAGGCAAAUUGGGUGGCGGUUAGUAUGUGAGUGGCUAACAUAAUUUC